CAUAGUUCAUUUUGAGCCCUCAUGAUGUUCGCGAGUCUUGUUCUUUUGGUCGGGGUAAGGGCGCUAAGAGGAAUUAUCAACCCGUAGGAAGACUUGGUACAGCGGAACACCUGGAAUAAAUAUCAACUCCGCUUCCCCCGUCCUACCAUCACCAAGUCAAUACAAUUGUAAGACAAGAUGCCUGCCCUUUACGACAACUCCGUCAUUACUGAGGUACCUGGCCCUCUAUCAAAGGCCGCCUGCAAGAAACUGGACAAGUUUUUUGACAGCCGUGCUGUCCAUUUCGUUGUGGACUAUGAUAAGAGUGACGGCACAUAUAUCGUUGAUAUAGACGGAAACCGUUACCUAGAUGUGUACUCUCAGAUUGCAUCUAUCCCUGUUGGAUACAACAAUGCUGCUCUCAUUGCAGCUGCUCAGUCCCCUGACAUGAUCUCAGCAUUGGUGAACCGUCCUGCUCUUGGCAACUUCCCUUCAAGCAGGUGGCAUGACAUCUUGCAAGAUGGUCUGCUAAAGGUUGCACCAGAGGGACUUAACAAUGUCUUUACCGCUCAGUCUGGUUCUGAGGCAAAUGAACUCGCAUAUAAAGCUGCAUUCAUGCUUUACAGGCGAAAGGAGCGUGAUGGUGGAGAUUGGACUUCUGAGGAGGUCUCCUCGUGUAUCAACAACGCAAAGCCCGGCUCUCCAGAAUUGGCCAUAAUGAGCUUUGCAAACUCUUUCCACGGCAGAGGCUUCGGUAGCUUGUCAACUACAAGGUCUAAGGCUGUUCACAAACUUGACAUUCCCUCUUUCAACUGGCCUCAGGCGCCAUUCCCAGCCUUAAAAUACCCUCUGGACAAGUACACAACCGAAAACGCUGCUGAGGAGCAAAGAUGUCUCAAAGAAGUUGAGAGACUCAUAACUUCAUGGCACUGCCCUGUUGCUGGACUCGUAACUGAGCCCAUUCAAAGCGAGGGCGGCGACAACCAUGCCUCGCCCGCCUUUUUCCAAGGUCUUCGUGACAUCACCAAGAAACAUGGCAUUGUCAUGAUCGUGGACGAGGUUCAAACAGGAUUCGGCGCAACCGGCAAGUUCUGGGGCCAUGCCCACUGGAACCUUACUUCACCUCCUGAUAUUGUCACUUUCUCCAAGAAGGCACAAACUGCUGGCUACUUCUUUGGUGACCGCAUGCUGGUUCCGGACAAGGCUUACAGGCAAUUCAACACCUGGAUUGGCGACCCAGCCCGUGUGAUUAUGAGCAAGGCCGUUAUCAACGAGAUCCUCGACAAGGAUCUCGUGAAACAAACCGCUCGUGUUGGCGAUGCACUAUACGCUGAGUUGGACGGACUUGCACAGAAAUACCCAGAUCUCGUUAUGAAUCUCCGUGGCAAGGGACAAGGAACAUACUUUGCAUUCGACACAAAGGACGCUGCCAGUCUUGUGUACACGAUGAAGACUCUGGGUGUCAACAUCGGCACCUGCGGAAGCCAGACUGUACGUCUCCGGCCGAUGCUCAUCUUUGAUGAAUCUCAUAUUCCCAUUUUAAUUUCUACUUUGGACAAGGCGUUGGCCUCGAUAUAAGGGAGACAUCUUGCAUAGUAGGAGAAGUUUGGACCGAUGUUGGACGAAGCAUUCAUAGCAGCAUUCACUUAGAUUAUCAUUUUGACACGAUCAAAAUAGAGAUGUUUUCAAUUCAUGUUCUCAAGUACGACUCGACGUUAAUAUCAUAAAUUCGUAAUGAAUCAAAUCUUAUUUUCAUUUCUG